AUGGAGGACGCCGACUCGGCGGCCAAGCGGCUGGGCUUAGCGGAGGCGGUGGCGGCCGCGGUGGCAGCGGCGGCGGCAGAACCCGAGCGGCAGCAACCGCAAAGCUCGGAGGGGAAGGCGGAACGGCGGGAGGAGGUGACGGCCGUGACCGUGAUGGCGGCGGACGCCGAGCACAUCGAGAUGGGCACCGAGCCGCUGCCCAGCGCCGACGAGGCCGCCGCGUUCGCAGAAGUCACCACAGUAACAGUGGCCAACGUUGGUGCCUCUGCAGACAACGUGUUCACCACAUCCGUGGCAAAUGCAGCAUCCAUUUCGGGACACGUGCUGUCUGGGAGAACGGCCCUCCAAAUUGGGGACAGCUUGAAUACUGAGAAAGCCACUCUCAUAGUUGUUCACACAGACGGCAGCAUUGUGGAAACCACGGGGCUGAAGGGGCCGUCAGCACCCCUCACACCAGGACCGCAAUCUCCUCCUACCCCUUUAGCAACUGUCCAAGAAAAAACUGGAACCAAAUAUAACUGGGACCCGUCUGUGUAUGACAACGAGCUCCCAGUGAGGUGCCGGAACAUCAGUGGGAUUCUGUACAAAAACAGACUCGGCUCAGGAGGCCGUGGUAGGUGCAUUAAGCAAGGGGACAACUGGUACAGCCCCACUGAAUUUGAAGCUAUGGCAGGACGAGCCAGCAGCAAAGACUGGAAGAGGAGCAUUCGCUAUGCUGGGAGGCCCUUGCAGUGCCUUAUUCAUGAUGGGAUUUUAAAUCCUCACGCUGCCUCUUGUACUUGUGCUGCCUGCUGUGAUGACAUGACUCUGAGUGGACCUAUUCGACUCUUUGUACCAUAUAAACGACGAAAAAAAGAAAAUGAAAUGUCUGCAAAUCCAGUCAAGAAGGAAUCCUCCAAAAAUAUCACUUUGCUUCCUGCCACAGCUGCUACUACAUUCACCGUGACUCCUUCUGGACAGAUCACUACCUCUGGUGCUCUCACCUUUGACCGCACGUCGACGGUGGAAGCCACAGCAAUUAUCUCAGAAAGUCCAGCCCAGGGGGAUGUUUUCACAGGAGCCACUGUUCAGGAUACCAACGUCCAGCAGCCGUGCCGGGUCACCCACCCAGAGCCUCACUACCCGACUUACCAGGACAACUGUCAGAUUUCACCUUUCCCUGAAGCUGCGCUGCCGACGUCUCAUCCCAAAAUCGUGUUGACCCCAAUCCCUGCCCUGUCGGUGCCCCCCCAGACCCCCACCAAAGCCAUAUCCCCAGCUGUGGUGAACGGGCUGGAAGUGACGGAGCAGCGGAGCUGGCUCUACUUGGAAGAGAUGGUCAACUCGCUGCUCAACACGGCGCAGCAGCUCAAGUCUCUCAUCGAGCAGGCCAAGCAAGCCAGCUCCUCCUUCCGCGAGGCCGCUGUCACACAAGCCAAGAUUCAAGCUGAUGUGGAGAGAAAAGAGCAAUAUCAGAACCAGUUAUUUCAACAAACAGAAGAUGUGGAUGGGAAAACAGAAAUCAUCAUCAAGCAGUCGUGUGUCAACUGUGGCCGCGAGGCAAUGAAUGAGUGCACGGGAUGCCAUAAAGUCAACUACUGCUCCACUUUCUGUCAGCGGAAGGACUGGAAGGAGCACCAGCACAUCUGUGGUGAGGCCAACGCGGUGACAGUGCAGGCUGAUGAUGUGCAUGUGGCAGACAAUGUGAUGGAGAAGGUCUCUGUCUGAACACACCUACCUCUGACCCCAUGGCAGUGUGGUGCAGCCGGCUGGAUCGGCGGCCUGACGCAGCGGUCUGUCCUUACGAACAAACUCAUUUCUGAAAGACUUUUUCAUACUGUGACAGUGUUUGCCUACUUCCAGUCCUACUGCAAACCUCUGGAUAACGCAGAGACUGAGAAAUCCGGAUGGAAGAGGCAAACUGCAGCCUUCCCUCCAGGAGCCUCCUCCAGCUUGAGGAAGCUUAGAUUUUGCCAGACUGAAAUCUCCACUGUGUGGAUAACAAGAACCUCAUCGUCUCUCUUGAGAUGGAUUAAGAAUAGUUGCUGCAAUUAGAUUUGCUGUUGUUCUGUUUUCCCCAUGCCUCCCUACCUCUUAUUUGAAAAAAGGAAUGAUCCCUCAUUUGGUUUAUUUAAUUGCCUUGAAAAAGUACAAACUCUUAAUUUGCCUUUGGAAGGACUUUGUUUUGUUUUGUUUAUCUGUGUUCCCUCUGUGCUGGAGAAAUUUGGAACACACUGGAGCUUCUGCACUUGAAUAUGACUGAAAAAUCACAUCUUGUUCAAUAAAAUUUGAUAAAAGCACGUGAA